ACCCCGGACAGAUUACCUGAGACUUUCUCUCUCCCUCCCCUUCCUCCUCAGUUCUCCCGCGCGCGCUGCCUCACGUACUUAGAGACUGCUUCGGCCAUGGUUCCGUAGCCUCCUAAAAUGAGAGAGACACCCACGCCUUCCGGCUCAUGGACGCCAUCUUCGCGCUCACGGCGGGGGCCCGGGCGCGCGUCCUGGAGCGCGCUGCACCCCGCAUCCCCGGCUGCCUCUACGUCUGCCUCUGGACGCCGGUGAUCGCCGGCCAGCUCCCUUCCAGCCAUUUGUUCUGCUUGGAUGCGUGGAUCAGCAACGGAGGCGGAGGUGAUCGCGCACGGGCGGUGUUCGAGGCGUACCGAGGAGCGCUCUGUGCCGUCGUGAGCGGCUGUGUGCCCGGGUGGGCGUACAAGGACGGCCGCGCGUACAUGGAGCUGCCGGAGCCUGACCUCACGGCGUCGGCGUCGCUGCAGGUGCAGCAGCAGUUCUACCAUGAAGCCGGUACGAAGAUGGCGGUGUUCAUGGGCUGCGACAACGGAGAGAUCGAGAUCGGGCUGUCGACAACCUCAGCGCCGGCGGUGGCGGACCACGUGCAGCAGUCCCUCUUGGAGGAGCUCAUGCAGCUGACGCCGACGCGGCCGUCGUCGUCCUCCUCCUCGCUGCCGUCCCUCUCCAUCGGGAGCCCGGAGUACUCCUCACUAAUCCGUUCGAUGGCGAUGACGGUAGCUGCGGCCACCGAGCCAUCCUCGCAAGAACGGCAGCAGCUGCCACUGCAGCCGGCGGUGCAGCUGCACGGGUUGCUCGCGCCGGUCUACGUGCCUCAUGGCCACGCGCCGUUCCCGAGCGCCGAGGCCGACGACGCCGCAAUGGCGCAGGCAAUACUCGCGGUCAUCUCCUCCUCCGCACCGCCAGCGCCGAUCACCUCGGUGCCACUUCCGUCGUCCCCUCCGUGGCUGGCCCGCCACCACGAGCAGCGCUCGUCGCCACGGCGCAGGGUGGGGGCGUUCAAGGCGUACAACGCGGCGCUCUCGCCAAGGGCGCGGCCGCGGCCCGGCGCUCCGGGGCAGAGGAUGAUCAAGACGGCCAUCGCGCUCAUGGUGAGCGUGCAUAUGGCAAUGCGCGACCGGGAGCUCGCCGCGGCGCGCCAGCAGGAGGAUAUCGCCGCCGCACAGCCGCCAGAGCCGCCGCCGCUGGCGGCUCAACCCACCAGCAGCCAGCUGCACCACAUGAUCUCGGAGCGGCGCCGGCGCGAGCGGCUCAACGAGAGCUUCCAGACUCUCAAAGCACUGCUCCCUCCCGGAUCAAAGAAGGACAAGGCAACAGUUCUCGCCAACACGACGGAAUACAUGAACAAGCUAAUCGCCGAAGUGUGCGACCUCGAAGAGAAGAACCGGCAGCUCGAAGCGCGGCUUGGCCCGCCCGGCGAGACCCAGCAAACUGCAAGCGACGACUCUCCGGUUAAAGUGCAAGUUGAUGUGACCACCGGCGCAUCGAUCUCAACGUCGACGUCCGGUCAGCCUCAGGAGGUGACCAUUAGGGUCACCGUCCGGGCGGAGUGCGACCUGUCGGAGCUAGUGAUCGCCAUGCUCGCACGGAUCAAGGAGAUGGGGCGCUUCGCCGUGGUGACCGUCGAUGCCCGGCAAAGGAGCAGCACUCAUGCACAAGUCGGCAUCACAUUGCGAGUUGCGGCCGGCGACGACGAGCUCGACGAGGCAUCCCUGAAGGAAGCUGUGGCGAAGGUUGUCCAGGAUGCGGUGACAAGACCGCCAUCGCCGCCGCCGGGGUCGCCGUAGGCUGGGCCCCGCCCGGCCGGAACCAAUGGGGUGGCGCACAUCAGUUUUGACCGGAUCAGGGCAAGGAGAAUGCAGUUUUGGAGGCACUGAAUGGUGUCUGUGUUUUUCUUCAGUCGUUUUCCAUGUCUUGUGAUACUUCAGGCAAAGUUGAUUAGGACUUUGAUUUGGAUUGUUAGAUCAGGAUUCAAGAGAGAGGAAUAAGUACAUAGCGGGACUGAUUAGCCAUCUAGUACUGUACUCAGAUUAGUCGCAAGAAAAUAUAGCAGAGUUUUCAGAUUGAUGUUAGUUAGAUGUCUAUGCAAUGCCCAAUAUUGUGACUAGAUUUGCUAUUUACAAGUCGUCUGAUUUCUUUU